AUUGUUGUGUACACGCCAACCACAUAUUGAAAAAUUGUAAACAACUCGAAAAAAACUGCUGCAAAUGGUAAAAAACGAGCCCAACUUCGUGGUGGAGCGUAUCGUGGAUAAGCGAAUCACCAGCGAUGGCAAGGUGGAGUACUUCAUCAAAUGGCGCGGCUAUCAAGCGACAGACAACACUUGGGAACCCGAGGAGAACUGCGAUUGCCCGGCACUCAUCCAAAGGUUCGAGGAGUCCCGUGCCAAGUCUAAGAAGCGCGGCGAAAAGAAACCGAAAUGCGAGGAAAUCCAAAAGGCACGCGGCUACGAGCGCGGCCUCGACCUGGCCGAGAUUAUGGGAGCCACAGACGUGAGCGGCGAAAUCAAGUAUUUGGUCCGCUGGCACUUCUGCGACGAGUUCGAUUUGGUGUCCAGCAGCGAGGUGUCCGAGAAGAAUCCCCAGAUGCUCGUCGAGUACUAUCAAAAGCUGGCGCCGUACACCAACAACAUAGCCAAGCGCAUGAAGGGCGUGCCAGAGGAGCUGCGAGCGGUGGCCGCCCGCACGGGCUACGCAGUCACCACCAGUGCGUCCAUUGAGGCGCCACCUGAGCCGGCCACCACAAGUGGCCUAAGCAUGGAGAGCCAGCACAUUGCUGCACAUGUGCCCAUGGAACUCGGCGACGAUGCGGACCUCGGCCACGUGGGAGUUUCGUACUCCAUUCCGGUGCCUGGCGUGGGCGACAUAGCCAUCGAUGUGCCCAUGGCAGAUGCCCAGUGAGCAGCCAGCAGUUCCAACAGUUUCAUUUUUACUUAACAAACACAUAAAUGUAAUCCCUAGCCUAAGACUCAUGACUGCUCAUCCAGAUUGAUGCUGCCCAGCUGGCCGGUGCGGAAAAAGUGUAUAAACUUUCGUGCGGCAGCCAAUAAAUUUGUCAUCACCUCCA